AAUUAGGCUACCGGAUUCGCCGUGUCUGUAACAGAAAGGUAGAAAGUGAGCUCGAAUCAAGAUGUCGUGGUAAUCAGUGGGGAGGUCUUGGUAUUGGACAUUGGCACCUGUUAGGGGACAAGAGCCGCGUGCCGCCACACACUAGCUAUGAUCAUCAUAUGUCAUCAGCUGUCAACUGUCUGGCUGAAACUCUACUACACAAACACCCCCUUACACUGCAACGUAUUAGUGUUUCUAGACCAUGAUCAGAGCGCACUUUAGCUUCAACUUAUCUCUUCAAUUGACAGCCAGAGGGUCAGAAACCUCGGCGCUUCGCCCACUGACAUUCACCACAAAGUCCCAUUCUGCCUUUUAAGGGCCGCCGACAGUUACAAUGUCCUCCAACGGCGACUCCCAAGCCAGCGUGAGUUGAUGAGCGACAGAGCAAAUGUCCAUAAAUGGAAUCCCCCCUUCGGCUCACACCGCAUCGCAGACUUCAGACGAUGCUCGCGCAGAGCUUACGGCGCAAAUCGAGGAUCUAUUGAACACGCUGUCCAACAAAUUUUCAGGGGUAUCGAGCGAGAUCUUUGCCAAGAUGGAUGAGAUGUCCAGGCGCUUGGACAACCUCGAGUCUCAAUUGAAGGCAAAUAACGAUGGCAGUGCAGGAGGCAACUAGGUAGCUAGGUCGGUAUUCUGCACUGCCUUUUGCUUGGUUCUUGUGGCAACGGUGUUUCUGGAGUUACGGAUCGAAAUAUGCCGGGGAUAUCAAGGCGGUCCCUCACAGCUGGCAAGCACCUGAAUUCAUACUUUCACCAAGGGGCUCGUUCAGUCAUGAGGAGGUAUCAUGAUCAUGCCAUGUCAUUUGUUUUCAGCGCCAGAACUUCAAAGCCAAGAUGCCUGUGCCCUGAG